AUGAGGAGGUCUCAGGGGAAAAUUCCAUCUCUAAGUCUAGAUCAAGAGAGCGUGGAGCGCCUCCUCUUCUUCGCAGCUCGGAGCCGGACCUGCGGAAUCUCAUCUCUCCUCGAGUUACUUCCAGUUUUAACUCUGAUAGACUACAAGAUGUUGAAAUUCAAUAUGAUGGUGUGGAGAAUGAUCAACGCUUCAGUCCUAUCUUCACAAAUUCUAUUACUCUGCCACCCCGUAUCCCUGCUACUCUCCGACUGA